AUGACUGAUCCCACGUACACCGUCUUCGUCCGACUGCCCAUUCUCCGGGGCGACUUCACGGAUCCCCUUCCGGUCAGCUGGGAUUCCACCAAGGACGACGUGCUGUGGAACAUUCUGUCCAACGCGGCCAAAACCGAGAUUGACUCUAACCGGGCCACCAGAGCUACGCAUUUCGAUGUGACUGUCGACUUCCUCCUACAACAAGUAGCCUACCUAACCGAGCGACACACCGCCCAGCUGCGAGCUCAGGUCCGGAAAGCUACAGCUGCCGCCAAGGGCUCCUCCGGUCCCUCUCCCAUCCCCGGUGCCGAGCCUCAGGGCCACCAAAGAACCGCAUCUGCCCUUUCCGUCCGUCGCGAUUCCCCUCUCCCGCGAACCGAAACUAGCACGCCUGCCACCCCGAUUACGAGUUCCUUACGACCCAACAUCUCACGCCAUGGCUCUGCCGGCACUGUAACACACAAUCUGGGCGGCGGCGGCGGCGGCGGCUCUUCAACUCGUCAGAGCAAGCCUGCAACAUCGCGUGCACCCAACGAGACCCAGCGACGUCGCCUGUCAUCGCUGCCCAUCCAGGUUACACCUCGGAGUCCCGAACCAACAUCGCCCGCUGCCGACGAACUAAGCUCCCCUACAUCCUCUUCCGACGAAUCUAGCCCUGCACAGUCGCGCAUCAUCCGUCGCCCUCCUCGCUUUCAGCAACGUGACGGGCCUGUCGACCUCGACGAUGAAGACGAAGACACCGAACCUGCCUUCUUACAAUACAAGCCGCAGUCGUCCAAUACAUCGGCGCAGGACCUGGGCUCCACUCUGCGGGGCGACCCCCGAAUCGCCCGACGGACACCGAAGGGCAAGGAGAGGAUACAUUAUUCCGAGACGUCGGAUUCGUCUACCAGCUCACCAGCCUUGGUGUCCCGCGGCCCUUCGACGGGAGAGCGUCGUCCAGCAGGCCCGCUCUCUCCACGGCGCCCGUCAGAGCUGGCCGGCAAGAGCCCGAGUCGAAAGGGAUACUCGCGGGACGGAAGCGACGGGACGCCCAGCAUGGGCAGCAGUUUCAGUGACUUGGACGACGCCUCGGUUACACAGUCCGCGCUCGAGGAGGCCCUCGCGAGUAAGAUGCAAGAUGGCGCCAUCGGGAGCAGGUUCAGCAUUAGUCAAGCGUUUAGAAGCCGCUACAUGCCCAAGCCUGGUCAGCAAUAG